UUCAGUUACAACAAACACACACACAUGUGGCUGCUUUCUCUUGGUAUUUAACCAAAAACCAGUCAGUAAGGGAACAGUCAGUGCAAACAGGGAAAGGCUCAGAGAAGAGGAAGGAGGUUGACGUGAUUUCCGCAGGCUGAGACCCGCUCAGACCGGGGAAAGGAGUUUCCUGAAGUUGACACUGAGCGGAUCGUUUCCACAUCACCAGAGCUCUGCUGCUGCUACAACAUGACUCUCUGACUCCUCAUAGACCUGCUUCUGUUUCUCUUCAUCUCUGACGAGAGGAUGAGCUCCGACACUGAAGACACAGAGGCGAGCCUGCAGGCCCAGCUAGCCGAGUACCGAGCUCAGGCCGAACACUGGCAGGGCGUGGCGACGAUCUGUGAGCUGAGCAAACAGGAGGAACUGGCAGAGCUGCAAAAACAAUGUGAUGAAGAGAUCCAGUCGCUGCAGGAGGCUCUCAGAGAGACAGCAGAGCAGUAUGAGGCCAGGAUAUCUGUCCUUCAGUCUCAGCCUGUGGAGUGGAGGAGAGCCAGCUCACACAACGUGAUCAGUGGAAGGAAAGGCAGGAUGGACGCAGAAGUCUCCAGUAAUGAAUCCCCGACAUCGAUCAACAACAGCCUGACGGAGGCAGAGGCCACGGCGUCGAUGGACAGGAGGCACAACCAGUUAUCAGAGCUCGAGGCGGCGGCGGAGGGAGAAGGGGCGCCGCUUUCGACAGAAGCGUAUUUUUCGCUGCGGCACUGCGACUCGGCCUCGUUGUCGUCCUUCUCCUUAGACACGCCCUCUCUGCCCAGAAAACUCCACGCUCAGGAAGACACCGACUCUCUGGUCUCCACGGGAACGUUGGUGCCUGAAGCCAUCUACCUGCCGCCGGCCGGACACCGGCUGGUCACGCACGGCGACUGGGAUGCACUCAAUGCUCAGGUGUCAGAGCUGCGAGGGGAGCUGAGUCGGCUGCAGGCUGAGAAGGAGGACCUGGAGAGAGAACUGGACACACAGACCAACCACACACACAAACAGGUGUCAAUGCUCCAAUGUCAAGUCCACACUUCAGAGGCCCUCCUCCAGGACUUGCAGAAAUCUUUUAGCCAAUCACAGAAUGCCGUCCAGAGUCGGCUGGCAGAGUUAUCGUUUUCCCAGAGGAAGGUGUGCUGUGAGCUGUCCAGACUGAAAGGAGAGGAGGUUGAAGACGAGGAACCAGACUCAUCAUUCCCAGCAACACUGCAGGGGGCGCACUGUGAGGAGCGUCUUCGCAUCGAGAUUGUCAACCUGAGGGAGCAGCUGGACACCCGGACAGAGGAGAACGAAGUUUUAGAAGUGCAGCUGUCCAGUCUGAAGACGGAGACGGAGAGGAUCCAGGCUCAGAAGGACCAGAUGCAGGCUGAACUGCUGGCCUGCCGCACUGAACUGGAAGCCCUGCGGGUGGCGCUGUCUCACGUGCAGAGCACCAACAAGGCCCUCAGUAGUGAUAAAGCGGCCCUGCAACAACAGUGUCUGGAGCUGCGUAGCCAAGUGAUCAGUCUGCGCUCCCAGGUCGACACCAGCCAGACUGUCCAGAUGGACUUUGUCCAGCUCUCCCAGUCGCUGCAGGUGAAGCUGGAGUUAAUUCGGCAGGCUGAGAGUCUUGAACAAGUCCGGGAGAUCCUGGAGGAGGGAGUCAGUGAAGGUGGUUCCUCGCCUGCAGACGCCUCGUGAGUUAUAGUCACAUAGGAACCAAAGAGCACAGAAGAUAAAACAUCUCAACAGGGAUCAGUAAGGACCAACUAACCACAUGAAAUACUGUCGUGACCACUGGGAUUAUCGCAGCUGGUGCUGCUAGCACUGUAUUGGAUGGAUAUUCCUAAAGAGACCUAAAGAGAUGGUUCGGUGUCGGUGACUGAAACCGUUGCUUACGACCAAAGUGAUUUUUUUGAUGAACCAUGAAUGCUUUUAGGACACUAAAAAAAAAAAUUCACAUUCCCUUUUUCUUACAUCCAGUAACAUGUUUAUUCCUGUACUAAUACACAUGUAAAUGUAUUCUGUUGAACUGACAUGACUCCAGCAAAACACUCAACAUUCCAACACUUGAUUCUUCACUGUAUCAGUAUCAUUCAUGUGCUAAACUACGCAAUCAUUCUCAUAUGCAAACAUUUUUUUGCAUCUUCUUUGUGAAGGAGGACCUCUAAAUGUAACGGAUCACAGUGCAAUAAUGAAGAAAGGUGAUACAAAGUAGAAACUCUCCUAAAUUAACUGCAUUUCAGAGGUGAUUUUUAUUAUAUACAUCAAUGUUUAUUUUUUAUGCUAGCUUAGCAUUGUUAACUAUUCCUGUUCUUACUACGACCGUAUUCGCUUUUAGACUUCAAGCUAAUAUAAAACUGUGAAAUACAGUAACUGUAUUUAACAAAGCUCAGAAUGAGGUUUGUUUUUCAAAAUAAAUGCCCCAUAGAGUAACUGUAUUUAACAAAGCUCAGAAUGAGGCUUGUUUUUCAAAAUAAAUGCCAAAUAGAGUAACUGUAUCUUAACAGCAGGCUCAGAAUGAGGCUUGUUUUUCAAAAUAAAUGCCACAAGGAGUAACUGUAUUUAACAAAUCUCAGAAUGAGGCUUGUUUUUCAAAAUAAAUGCCCCAUAGAGUAACUGUAUAUUAACAGCAAGCUCAGAAUGAGGCUUGUUUUUCAAAAUAAAUGCUGCAUCGAGUAACUGUAUCUUAACAGCAAGCUCAGGAUGAUGCUUGUUUUUCAAAAUAAAAGCCCCAUAGAGUAACUAUAUCUUAACAGCAAGCUCAGGAUGAGGCUUGUUUUUCAAAAUACAUGCCACAUAGAGUAACUGUAUCUUAACAGCAGGCUCAGAAUGAGGCUUGUUUUUCAAAAUAAAUGCCACAAGGAGUAACUGUAUUUAACAAAUCUCAGAAUGAGGCUUGUUUUUCAAAAUAAAUGCCCCAUAGAGUAACUGUAUAUUAACAGCAAGCUCAGAAUGAGGCUUGUUUUUCAAAAUAAAUGCUGCAUUGAGUAACUGUAUCUUAACAGCAAGCUCAGGAUGAUGCUUGUUUUUCAAAAUAAAAGCCCCAUAGAGUAACUAUAUCUUAACAGCAAGCUCAGGAUGAGGCUUGUUUUUCAAAAUAAAAGCCCCAUAGAGUAACUGUAUCUUAACAGCAAGCUCAGGAUGAGGCUUGUUUUUCAAAAUAAAAGCCCCAUAGAGUAACUGUAUCUUAGCAGGAAGCUCACGGGGAGGCUUGUUUUUUUCAAAAUAAAAGCCCUAACAGAAGCUAGGUGAAAAUGUAUGAAGAAAUAUGAAUGUGUAACAUCUUGUCAGUUUGUUCUGUGUUAAUACAAAUAUUGAAAAGUAAAGAUAAACUGUCAA